UGAGCAGAACCACCAAUUAGCCACACAUGGGUCCACAUGUUAAACACCAUGCUUACAUGGCACAAUCACACAAUAGAAACAGAUCUCAUACCGUUCCUCUCUCUCGUCCACCAAUUCUCUCUCUCUCUUCUCCCUGCCACGUGUCAUCCUUAUUUUCCCCACUCAAAGUUCUUGUCUCUGCUCGCUCUCCGUCACUCGGACCUACGAGAAUUCAUCACUCCGGAUCCAGAGUUAGGUUACAGGAGAUUCAUUAUUAGUGGUGGAUUGAAUUUUUGAAGGGAUGGCGGAUUUGCCGAUUUAUGAGCUUGAAGAUAUUAUCUGGGAUGAUUUUGAACGUGGCGAUGAUCGUAUAACGCCCCACCCUACUGAAGAUCAUGGUAGCGAAGACAAAUGUGAGGGAGACAGCUGUAAGAAGCCUCGGCUUGAAGUAACACCUCUCCAGAGCAACGAGGGCAGCCACAAUGCUUCUAGUAGUGUUUGUAACCAAGACAAAAAAUCUAAGACAUUGAAUAAAGAACCAGACACGAUGGAAAAAGACUCAUGGUCUCAUAUUCCUGAUCGUGUAUUCACUGCUUCUGGUGAUGCUGACUCAGCAAAAGACGCGCUUAGUGUUGUACAAUCUGGUGAUACUACUAAAGUAUCAAAUUAUAGCUUCAAAGGUAGCAACACCGGGUCGGGUAGUGAAUUAUGCACAGAUGAAGGAAUGCUUAGAGAUACUUCUGGUGCGGUUGAUAGAAACUCCUACAAUGAUCUUAACUUAUUCUCCAAUGAUGGCGGUGAUAAAGGAUCAAAUGAUCUGUUAUAUUUCGGCUGGCCUGACAUUGGAAACCUUGAGGAUGUGGACAGAUUCUUGAGCACUUGUGAUUCGUCAUACGGACUAGGCAUCACGGCCAAUGAUGAUGAAUUGGUCUGGCUUACAUCAGAAGAUCCCGGUGGAGGAUAUGAAGAAGCAUUGAAGACGGAUAUUAAGUUUCCAUGUUCAGAGCCAAGCGCUUUAACAAAUGUAUCACAAGUUCACGAACCUCGAGAAUCCGAUAACACGAUAGAAGGAACAAAAGAGCAGUCAAGACAACCGAAUCACACAGAUGGAACGAAAGCAGGCCAUUGGUUAGAAAGUUAUGGUUUGAAAAGCAAUGACAUUCAUACAUCUUCGAGUGAUAUAUCUGAUAAACCGUUCACCCCUAUACACAACUGGCAGCAAACUAAAUACUCAACACAUGGUUCUGUUGGUUACAUGCAGAGUAGCGUGUAUGUGCAUCCAGGGUAUGAUCAUGUUCCAAUGCAUUCUACAGGUGGCUCGAACCGUUCAAUGGAGAGUUCUAGUCAGCCUUUGUUUAUUGGAAACCAUAACCCAUCAGGUAUGAUGCUCCUGGCUUCAGGAAAUGAUGCGGUUCCAUCCCAAAAACAAUUUCAAAUGUCGAAAAACAAGAUCGAAUGCCAAAGUGAUAUGGAAGGAGCUUCAGCAGCAUUAGAUGUUCCAGAAGGUUCUUCCAUUAGUUCCGAGUUGGAUGAAAUCUCAACUACUUUUCUCCAGCUCCAACAGGUUAUGCUUCCGUUGGAUGUGAGGACUAGGUUGUGCAUAAGGGAUAGUCUGUACCGUUUGGCCAGAAGUGCAGAACAACGGCAUAAUUAUGCAGGCAUAAGUGACAGCACUCGUGGAGGAACUUUCGGCCCCUUAAUGACCGAGGGGACUAGCAAGUACACUGGCCUUAUGGUUAUGGAAACUGAUACGAAUCCAAUUGAUCGAACAAUAGCACAUUUGUUGUUUCAUAGGCCUUCAGACUCAUCUAACAUGCCUACUCCUUCACCUCUCAAACAAUUUACAAAGGUUGAUGGAUCUAUGGCGGGCCCACCAAUGGUGGCCGAGAAACCAUCUUGUCAACAAACUACUAAUGAAUCAAGUACUAGAAAAAACUAAUGUGUCGCUAGCCCGUUAGGUAGUCAUGCUAGGUUUUAAAGUGACUUCAUAUCAUGUGCAGAUAUACUCUGUAAAAUUAUCAAAGUGGGUGGGUCCAAUAUGGACUCAAAAGAUCGUAAAAAAACUAAUGUGCCUAAUCUUCUUCAUGUCAACGUCGAAGUCCUUGUAGUUGUUGUAUCUAGCUCUCAUGGUGGCCCAGUUUUGACCUGCAACUCAUCCAUAUAUGUUCAUAUGGUGUUGUGUUUCAUGCUUGUAUACUUUGGAAUUGCUGUUUUUAUUUGUUCGGGUUUUCCCGGUUAAUGUAAACUAUAUUUCAUAGGUGAUCAACUAGUAUAUACCAUAUAAGAAAGGGAAUAUCUUAUGUAAUAUGUAAAUGAGAACUUGAACUGUCUAUAUUCACUGUCAGCUCAUUUUAAAAUAGCAUUGAUCUAUUUAUAAUAAGGGUGUUCACCA